AUGUAUCUACGAUUGGUUUCUGCUCGUUUUCUAUCUCAUGUACUACAUUUGCUUGCUAUUGCACUCUGUUUUUGGAGCUGGGAACGCAAUGUAACUGGUUGUGAAAACGAUGCAUCACAGACUUCAUAUAAAAAUCAAUUAUUCGUUGCUCACUCAUUAGCCAUUGCCUUUUGUGUAUUCGAACUGAUUCCUCUAAUUCUUGGUAUCACAUCAAUUAACUAUGCUCGUUCCUUUCUCGCGAUCAUUCUUCAUCUAUCAGCAGCAGUCGGUCUUGUCUUUUUUCUUCUCCAAUAUCAAUGUGCUCUGCGCGUCUGGCCUAUUUUUGCUAUCUGCAGUUGCGUACCAUUUCUGAUCGAAUGCACAGCAGCGAUAUAUAAAACUGUUCGACAGCGUUUAUAA